GUUUUUAUUCUUGUUUUUCUUUCUCACCCGUUCUGACAUUUUUUACUCUCGAAGCUUGACACAAAUAUGCCGCCAAGGAAGAUUAAAUCUCCACUCUGUGAUCCUCAUGGAAUGUUCAGCAGAAUGGUAGUCUUCUUAGUUGAAGACGGAGUCCAAACUCGCCGAUUACAGGUGUUUUCAACUCCUGUCUGUUAAAAAAUACGGAGUACUUCGUAACUGAAUGUUUAUUUCUUUCGUUUUCCAUUGUUUACUUUUGGAAUCUGUUUUACGGAUAGAUAUGGAAGCAGAGAUUGACACAAAUGGGGGCUAGCAUUGAGGCAAAGUUUUCGAAAAAUGUCACUCAUGUUUUUGCCGCAAAUGCUAAUAUCCUUUUAAAGAAACUUGAUCACAAACGCGUUAUUAGGUCCAAAGCUAGAGUGCUGUUAUAUCAGUGGGUGGAAGACAGUUUGACAAAAGGUGAAAGGGUGUCUGAAGAUUUGUACACUGUAUCUCUUGAAUCAGCGGGGAGCAAAGAUACUCUCAAGGAAGACAUUAGAAGUGAUUGUAGCAAUAAUGAACUUACACCGAAAAAGUGCAGGAUCUCUUCUGAGGGUACCAAUAUAGUGAAUCACGAGGACAAUUUUCAUACAGAGGACCACUUUGAGCAUCAGUUAGUAGAUGCUGCGUCCAACUAUGAAUGCUCAUCAAGCCUGGAAAUCAUCAAUGAGGCCGAAACAUCAAAAUCAUCAGUGCUUUAUCUGCCUCCCAAUUUAAACAAGAACAUUACCGAGACUUUUGGAAAACUUGUUGACAUUUAUAGGGCACUUGGUGAUGAUCGAAGGUCAUUUAGCUAUUACAAAGCCAUCCCAGUUAUUGAGAAACUCCCUUUCAAAAUUGAAAGUGUCGACCAGGCUCAAAACCUUCCUGGUAUUGGAAAGUCAUUGCAAGAACAUAUUCAGGAAAUAGUGAACACAGGAAAGCUGGCCAAGUUGGAGCAUUUUGAGCAGGACGAAAAGGUACGGACGAUCAGCUUGUUUGGAGAAGUAUGGGGUGUUGGCCCAGCAACUGCCUUAAAACUUUAUGAGAAAGGGUACCGGACUCUAGAUGACCUCAAAAGUGAAGAAUCACUUACUAAUGCACAAAGAUUAGGCUUGAAGUAUUUUCAUGACAUCAAAACAAGAAUUCCACGUCAUGAGGUUGAAAUCAUGGACCAACUUCUGCAGAAGGUUGCACAAGAGAUUUUACCUGGGGUAAUUAUUGUCUGUGGAGGGUCAUAUAGGCGUGGAAAGGCAUCUUGUGGGGAUAUGGACGUUGUCAUCACUCAUCCUGAUGGAGAAAGUCAUAUAGGUUUUCUUGCACAAUAUGUAAAGAGUCUCAAAGAAAUGAAGUUUUUGAGGGAUGAUUUGAUCUUCAGUAUUCACAGCGAAGAGAAUUCAGAAGCAGGAGUAGACACCUAUUUCGGACUUUGCACUUGUCCUGGUGAAGAGCUACGGCGCCGCAUUGACUUGAAGGUGUAUCCAAGAAAUAUAUAUGCAUUUGGUCUAGUACAUUGGACGGGGAAUGAUGUCCUAAACAGGAGGCUUAGGUUAUUAGCCCAGUCAAAGGGUUUCCGAUUGGAUGAUACAGGAUUAUUUCCUUCAACUCAAGAUUCUGAUGGGAAACAUGGUCUAAAAGGUGCUAAUUUAAAGUUUGACACAGAGAAGGAAAUAUUUGAUUUCCUUGGAUUUCCAUGGCUCGAACCGCAUGAAAGAAAUCUAUAGAUUUUGUAUCUUAUGCUUUUUUACAUCAGUACUUCUUUUAGACCUUGUAAAAAAUUAGGCCUUCAUUAGGUUCUAUCAUCGGUCUUAGCUUAUGUUAAACCUUUAUUACAUAGGAGAAAAGUUUUGAACGGAGUUAGUGAUGGACUCGGGCCGGGCGGCCCGGCCCGGGACCGGUACUGUUUGGGCCCGGCCCGGUGGCCCGCCAGAGCCCGAUUCGGGUAGGACCGGUCCUGAUGUUUUGUUGAGUGGGCUCGGGUCAUGGAAAUAUGGAACCGGCCUGGCCGGGCUGGGACCGGUUCGGGCUUUUUAUUUUUUUUUUCAUUUUCCCAGGUUGGGCUGGGACGCUGGGUGUUUUGGGCCAUUUGGGGUGCUUUGGGGGGGGGGGGGGUGAGGGGGAGGUCGGGGUAAACUAGAAAAAAAAAUAGGAGCUAGCCCGAGGCCCGGACCGGACCGGCCCAUACCCGGUGGAACCCCAGGUCGGUUCUGGGCCUUCCCCCAAUCUUCAAAAGCCCGACCGGGCCUGACCUGGCCUGGGUCCAACACUAAACGGAGUGCGAUGCAUAUUUCUUCAUUUGCUUGUUUUGUUGAACAUGAACCGUAAGAUUUAUGUGCAUCAACCAUCGAGACAAAUCAGACAAUAUACUUGUAUACCAGUUUACAAG